GCGAUCCAGGCGGGCGCUCUUGAAUGGAGCGCGCGCCGCCCUUAGAGCGCAGCGUCGCCCAGGCAGGCAGAACCUCCCAGGUCUAGAGGGGCGGGGGAGUGACUCGGACAGGUCUCCCCCGCACGCCGCCACUUGGGCUACGUGAGCGCGAGGCCUCCCCCCGGUUGCCCCACGCAGAUGGUUCGCCCCGCUGUGGCGCAUAUAUAUAUAUACUGUAUAUCUAUAUAGUUCUGUCAGGAGACGGACUCCCCUCCAAGCCGUCGAGCAGCUUCUCUCGGGGGGUGGGAAGCGGAGCCUUGGUCGGCGGGGUCCCGCUCGCCGCUCUGCCUUCCUCCUCCUCCUCCUCCUUCCCGCCCCCCUUUGGCGUGUGGGGCUGGGUCAUGUCUACGGGCUCCCUGAGUGACGCCGAGGAACUGCCGGAGAUGGACCUGAGGGGGCUGCAGCUCGACUACCCGGGGCCGCCCCGCUCCAAGCGGCGUCCCCGAGGCGAGCCCUGCCCUUCGGUGGGAAACUCCUCUGCCGCGGAAGAGGAGGAAGAGGAAGAAGACGACGACGACGAGGAAGAUGCGGAGACGAGCUGUGGCGGCAAGAAGAAGCGAGCCAAAGGAGCGCCCGCGGCGGGGGAAAGCAACGGCAGCGGCGGGAAGCGUCCUCCGGCGUCGGGUCGCGGCGGCCCGGUAGCGGCCGAGUGCAAGCAGACGCAGCGCAACGCGGCCAACGCGCGCGAGCGAGCCCGCAUGCGCGUGCUGAGCAAGGCGUUCUCGCGCCUCAAGACCAGCCUGCCCUGGGUGCCCCCGGACACGAAGCUCUCCAAGCUGGACACGCUGCGCCUCGCCUCCAGCUACAUCGCCCACCUCCGGCAGCUGCUGCAAGAAGACCGCUACGAAAAGGGCUACGUGCACCCCGUCAACCUGACCUGGCCAUUUGUGGUUUCAGGAAGACCAGAAAGUAUACCAAAGAGCUUUCAACAACCAACAGAUUAUGUGGAACUACAGCUUAGUUAAAGUAAGCAAUACUCUUGCUGGAUAUGCUUACAAACCAUCCUGACUUGUAUGGACCAAAACAAACUGAUGCAAAGAAAUCAAGUCUGCUCAGUGUUUAAGCCCUCUCCUUUUUCAUUUUGAAGGGAAAAUGCACUUAAAAAUAUAAUGAAGAAGGAAAGAGGGAAUUUGCUGAAUUUUCUGCUUCAGCUAAACUGGCGGGUUUGGAAAAGUAUUUUUCUGCAUCGUUACCUGAAGAAACUGUUCCAAAGCCUUUUUGACUAACUGAAGAUAUACAGGAGGACAACUCUACUAGCAUUAACAGCAUGGACCAAAAAUAUAGUUUGUACAAGCUAAUCCCAAACAGUGUUAUUUGUAUGCCAAAGGAAAGUGGUAUUCUAGAGUAGUGUGCAAAACUCAAAAUUUAUAAUAUAUUUGAUCUUAUGUUCUUGGCAGCUAUGCAAUAGUAUAACUACUUCUAUCAUUUUAGCCAUGUUAAGAAACAAAAAAACCCUAAGAUGAAAAGGUAGCAAGUAUCCAGUUGCUCCUUUACAGCCUGCUCCACAAAUGCAGUUAAUCAGGUGAAUUUAAGCCGAACCAUAUCCAUUCUCAAUGAAGUUGUUGGGGCUAAAUUUUCUUCUAUGCAAGUAUGAGGUCUUAAGUAGAUCAUGGAUCAAAGUCGUUGGUAAAUUCUUGUUGGACGAAGGCUAGUGGUAAUAUUUUUGUGCAGAUUACUUUCAGUGGGAUGCAUUCAGCAAAGAUGCGUGAAGUUCCCUUAACCUGAAACAGGAAGUCUGUUCACUUCAGACUGCGGAAGAAGUGCUGUGCAAGAAGGUGGUACUUUUAUAAUGGUUUAGGAGAUUUGGAACAUCCAAACCUGCUGUGUUUCCCCCACUUCUCUCACGCCUUCGGGCAUCAAUCUUUCUGGAGUUCCUUUUGCGAAUGAUGUAGUAACCAGUAUUUCAAAUGUAAAUAACUCUAUUUUUAUACAUGAUAUUAAAAGCUUUGUUGCAAGGAUA